AUGUCCCGCCAGGCUGGCCAGUACCAGAGGAGGAACGGGCACACGGCAGGGAGCCUCGGCCCGGAGGCUGGCCGCUCCCGAGGCGGGGCUGUGACAGAGGCCUCUGUGCUGCAGAAGGGGGUGGCCUACGACAGCAGCGCUGACUGGUUCUCGCUUGGCUGCAUGCUCUUCAAGCUGCUCCGGGGGCACAGCCCGUUCCGGCAGCACAAGACGAAGGACAAGCACGAGAUUGAUCGGAUGACCCUCACCAUGGCCGUGGAGCUGCCAGACUCCUUCUCCCCAGAGCUGCGCUCCCUGCUCGAGGGGCUGCUGCAGCGGGAUGUCAACCGGCGCCUGGGCUGCAUGGGCCGAGGGGCGCAGGAGGUGAAGGAAGAGCCCUUCUUCAAGGGCCUGGACUGGCAGAUGGUGUUCCUGCAGAAGUACCCACCGCCCCUCGUCCCACCCCGCGGCGAGGUGAACGCGGCCGACGCCUUCGACAUCGGCUCCUUUGACGAGGAGGACACCAAGGGCAUCAAGCUGCUGGAGAGCGACCAGGAGCUGUACCGCAACUUCCCGCUCACCAUCUCGGAGCGCUGGCAGCAGGAGGUCACUGAGACCGUCUUCGACGCCGUCAACGCCGACACCGACAAGCUGGAGGCCCGCAAGAAGGCCAAGAACAAGCAGCUGGGCCACGAGGAGGAGUACGCCAUGGGCAAGGACUGCAUCAUGCACGGCUACAUGGCCAAGNCGGUC